AUGGACAACGCUCCUUCACACAUUGUUGCUGACCUGGAACUCACCAACAUCACGGUCCAGGUUCUUCCUCCUAAUACGACUUCAAAGGUCCAACCCAUGGAUGCUGGGAUUAUUGCCGCAUUCAAGAGGCACUACCGCCGGCUGCAUCUGCAGAAUUCCUUGGACCGUGACGAGCGCGGAGAAACCAACCUUUACAAGGUUGAUCAGCUCACGGCCAUGCGUUGGUCGCUGGCUGCGUGGAGCGAGAUUUCCAGUGCCACAAUCGCCAACUGCUUCCGUCAUACGGGACUCAUGGACGGUCCGGCUCUGCCGACUGGUGAGGGUGAAAACGAAGCCGGCACUGUUGGCCAGCAGGCCCAGCAGGAGGCAGCAGCUGCUGCAGUAGAGGAGCAGCGCGUGGAACAGGAUCUUGUUUCGGCGCUGGAAAGGCUCCCGCUCCGCAAUCCCAUGUCGAUCGCUUCUCUUCUCAAUCCGGCUGAGGAGGAGGAGACGGCGCAUGCGGAGCUGACCGAUGCCGAAAUCAUCAAGCUUGUUGAGGAUCCGUAUGGGGAGGAGGAAGGUGCUGCUGAGGCGGAGGAGGAGGUGGAAAAGCAUUCGAAGGCUGAAAAGCUUGCCAGCCUUAGUCUAUCCAUCGCCCUUCUCGACCUUUCUCAGGAGUCCCAUCGUAUUGCUCACCGGACCCUUCGCCAAGUCCAAGCUGAUCUCCGUAGUGCGAGCACCACUCAGGCCACACUUGAUUCCUGGCUGAAGUAG